UGCUUUAUAUUCGCUCGCUUCACGCCCAUCAGACAUGGCUGCUUCCAGUGUUUUUAAAGCAGGACUUUUCAAUCACAAAGUUGCAAUUGUUACUGGUGGCGGAACUGGAAUAGGAAAAUCCAUUACUUCUGAGCUCCUGCAGUUAGGAUGCAGCGUUGUUAUAUCAUCCAGAAAGCUUGAGCGUCUAACAGCAGCAGCUGAAGAGCUUACACAGAAAAUCCCUCCAUCCAGUCCUGCCAAAGUGACACCUAUACAGUGCAACAUCCGCAAUGAAGAGGAGGUGAAGAAUCUUAUGGCAUCUACUCUAAAGCUUCAUGGGAAGAUUGACUUCUUGGUGAAUAAUGGUGGUGGACAGUUUUCCAGUCCGGUGAAUAUGAUGAGUUCUAAAGGCUGGAAGGCUGUGAUUGACACCAACCUCACUGGAACAUUCUUAUGCUGCAAAGAAGCGUACAACACAUGGAUGAAAGACCAAGGAGGUGUAAUUGUGAACAUCAUUGCUGACAUGUGGAAGGGUUUUCCUGGAAUGGCGCACACAGGAGCCGCCAGAGCAGCUGUAGAUAAUCUGACCAAGAGUCUGGCGAUCGAGUGGGCUGCCAGUGGGGUCCGGGUGAACUCUGUGGCACCGGGAACUAUCAUCUCCAAAACUGCAAUGGAAAACUACAAAGAAUUUGGUCCCACUUUAUUUCAGAUGUCAGUUCCUUUCAGUCCUGCUAAAAGACUUGGUGUUCCUGAAGAGAUAUCUCCAGCCGUUUGUUUCUUGCUGUCCCAAGCUGCCUCCUACAUUACUGGAGCAACCCUGAAGGUGGAUGCAGGGCAGAGCCUCUACCACUCUAUAUGGGAAAUCCCAGACCACAGCGCUUGGCCCCAGGCCCCAGAGGGAGAAAAUACAGACACUUUGAAGGAAAUUAUGGACAAGACCAAAUCUAAACUGUGAAAUUUACUGGACUGUAUGACUGUGAUAUACAGCUGUUUUUGUCCUCAGUAUGGGUGGACCACGAUUAUUUUUAAAUUACACACAUUGUGACUUUGGCAUUUAGGGAUGUUCACUGAAUUUCAACAUUAUCAUUGCAUAAUAUUACUCUAAUACUCAUCAAGAGACUGUCUUGAACUUAAUAUACUUGUAAAUAUGUAUACAUUUUUUUUGUUGUUGUAAAUAUGUAUACAUGUGGUACCGUUGAGUGUCAGGAUUAGUAUAAAAUAAAAGUAGUUUUAACAUUUAUAAAAAAUGUUCAUCAGUCGUCACAGAAUAAUGAGACAAUAAAAUAAAAAA